UCUUCACCCUCGCAUCGUCAAAUAUCUUGGCCGUUUCCCUGUGGGAUAUCUGCUGGAGAAGAUGGAUCCCGGCCCACUGGGCGCUACGACUCUGCCACUUCUGACCACCUUUCCUGCGUCGCGCACGUCUUUCGAUGACAUGGACUUCCCCGACAAUGGAGACAGAGAGCCCCUCCUCCUGCUAUACUACCGCUGGACAUUGCAAUCGCUCGCCAUGCUAGCCUUCCUGCAUGAACACGGCUCGAGCACGAUAUGGAUACGCGAUGAUCUCUCGAUUGCACUAUCAGGAUUUGUGAACGCCACCAUCCCGACAGAUGAAUGGCCCUACUCUCCCGGCGGGACGAGAUACGAAACAGAGAUCUACUACCCAACCAAUCCUGACAGUGGGCACCCCGAGCUCAGUCCGAAGAUCGAUCUCUCGGAUUGGGCGACCUUUGUCUGGCAAUUAAUGCGAAAGGAUGCGUCCAGUCAUAGAGCGAAGAGGUGGGUGAUGCCUACUGAUCCAUUGGAUCCGACAGAGAUGUCCGGGAAGGUGAAUGCAUGGGAGUACCAUAAGCAACGGCUGAAGGAGGGCAAGCUACAGCUCUUAGAAGAGGAGCGAUUGGGGGAAUAUGAAAAUGCUCGAGAGAUCCUGCAAGAGGUAAGAUCGUAUCUCCAGCAGAUUGGGAUUCGGAUGGAUGGAGAGGAUGAGGUUCUUCUGGAUGAUAGGCGAAAGUGGGAGGAUGUAUUCACAGUAGUCCAGACAGAUGGCGCCCGCUGGGGUCGAGAGAUUAGAUAUAAAUGAUAUCUAUGGGUCCAUCGCUUGAAUACCCAG